AUGCACGAAGUUAAGGAGAAGCCGACUAUACUCCUUAUCCCAGGUGCCUGGCACCAAGGAAACACAUUCGAUCCUGUCGCCACCAUCCUUCGACAACAAGGAUACCCAGCAGAGACCAUAACGUUACCAUCUGCAGGUGGACCUUCAUCAACCACGGCCUAUGAUGACGCCAACCAUAUUCGGAAAAACUAUCUAGAUGGGCUCGUGUCUCAAGGAAAAGAGGUAAUUCUGGUCUUACACUCAUACGCCGGAAUUCCGGGCACCGAGAGCGUCAAAGGUUAUGCCCGUAAGGAUCUCGUCGCGCAGGGCAAGAAUGGCGGCGUUGUGGGUCUUGUAUAUCUAGCUGCAUUCCUGAUCCCAGCGGGAGCAAGCGUCGAGACAUUCGUGCCAGGCGGUUUGGAUCCUCUCAUGACAUUGGACGGAGACCAAAUGUAUCCCAAGAACCCGAGGGAGAAUUUCUAUAGCGAUCUCGACGAUGAAACUGCUGCAAAACAUCUCGCUGCAUUGGUCACCCACGCACCAGAGGCUAUGCGCACCCCGUUGACCUACGAGGCCUACAGGGACGUGCCCACUAGCUACAUUCUAUGUACUCGGGAUGUAGGCUUCCCAGUUGUUGCGCAACAGAGUAUAGCCGGUAUUCCUGGGGAAGGCGUUGUACGCACGUACGAUGUUGACGGAGGACACUGUGCCAUGCUGAGCCAACCGCAGGCGGUCGCUGAUGUGAUUCACGAUGUUGCGAAGAGGGUGGUAGCUGCUUGA